UGAUGCGCUGCCCCUUUAACUAGGUUCAUCUCCCGCCCCUUUCUUCGCUCCGUGGUGUGACGUCAGUGCGGGGCCGGCGCUGCUGCUGCCGCGGCGCGAGGCCAUGGAGGCUGCGGGAGCUGGAGCCACGCAGGGUGAACCUCCUCGAGGGGUGACGGGGACAUUGUCACUGGUAGAUAUGGGACCAGGUGAAACAGGUACCGCACCCUCCAGAGAUAGUGCAGAUCCCUCAUCAGAAACCUUGCCUCCUCGGAAGCACAAGAGCGGCUUGGGAGGAGCAGGAGAGAACCUGCUGUCCUCUGGCAGAAACUGUGAUGAUGGAGCACGAACACAGAUGACUGGGAGUGGUAAAGAAGCAGGAGGGAUGUCGCCUGAAGCCAUGGGCAUCUCAACUGGCUCAAACACCAGCCCCAGUCCAGGGAACAAAGGUCUGCCAGGUCAUGCUACCAAGACUUUCCCAUCAUCCCCCAGCAAAGCAGGAGGCCCCAGCCGAGCAAAGAUGUCCCUCACCGGAGCUAGCAAGUCUCCAACGUCUAUCCAGAGCUUGGCUAUGCGUCUGCUGAGUAUGCCUGGGUCAAGGCUACCUGGGGAUGCUGGGACUCCAUCUGCAGAGGCUGUGGCACCAGCACCAGCACCAGUCCAGGCCCCAGCUGCAGAAGAAUCCAAGCCCAAGAUUCACCGGGCCCGGAAAACCAUGUCGAAGCCCAACAGUGGGCAGGUCCCCGAAAAACGAGUCUCUGAGAUGCUGCAUUUCCGAGUCCCAGAUGAUCUGAGGAGCAUUGAGGAGCCGGAAGAACCUGCCAAACGCAGAAAGUACGAUUACAUGGUUGACACAAUGCACAAGAGGAUGCCUCUUUCACUUCAGCGGUCGAGUCCCAGAGCCACUACUGAGAUCACAGUGACUGAAGAAAUGACUGCUCCUGCCACCGCCUCUCAGGAGGAGAGAAGUCAGGAGUGGGAGACGGAGGUGGGGGAUGAUUUUAGUCUCUUCUACGACAGCUACUCUGUGGAUGGCCACGCCGACUCUGACAGCAAGUCAGAUGCAGAUGUUGCUGGAGAACAUAUGAGUGAAGAGGAGGAGGAAGAGGAGGAGGAAGAAGAGGAGGAAGAGGAAGAAGAGGAAGAGGAAGAAGAAGAAGAAGAUGAUGAGGAAGAAGAGGAUGAAGAAUCUGGUAAUCUUUCUGACAGGAGCACUGCCUCCAGCUCUAAACGAAAGGCCAGGAAACGCUGGCGGAAUGACAGCCCCUGGGUCAAGCCGUCCCGCAAACGAAAGCGCAAAGAACCACACCCCAAGGAUGCCAGAGGGCUAAAUGGUGGCCCUUCAGCCACGCAAAGUGAGUACACGGAGGUGCCCCUUGGCUGCUUGGAGUUGCCCAAUGAGGGGGCACUGUCCCCCAACAAUGCAGGGGUAUCUAAUGAGACAAGUUCGCUGGAGACAGAGCGCUUUGAGGAGCUGCCCCUUUGCUCCUGCCGCAUGGAAGCCCCAACAAUUGAACGCCUCAGCCAGCAGGCCGGGAACCAGUGCAUGGCAACAGAGAGUGCUGAUGGAGAGCUCAGUGGCUGCUGCAGCAGCAUCUUGAAGCGGGAGACGAUGCGUCCCUCCAGCCGGGUUCCCCUCAUGGUCCUGUGUGAAUCUCAUCGGGCCAGAAUGGUGAAGCAUCACUGCUGCCCGGGAUGUGGCUACUUUUGCACUGCGGGCACCUUUUUGGAGUGCCACCCUGACUUCCGUGUGGCUCAUCGCUUCCACAAAGCCUGCGUUUCCCAGCUCAAUGGCAUGAUUUUCUGCCCGCACUGCGGGGAAGAUGCUUCUGAGGCCCAGGAAAUCACUAUAGCCAAGGCAGACACCUCCACCCCUGUCCCUGUUCCACCUUCGCAUGGACAAGGAAGUUCUGAGACCACGGGCCGUGCUGACACUACCCAGCCCAGUGCCCGGAUGCGAGGCGGUUCAAUCAUAGAGCCUCUUCCAGAAGAUGUGACAGGCCUUGGUGGCCCAGGGAUUGACAGUGCAGGACCACGACUGAGCCUGCCUAAUGGGGCGAUACUCUCUGCACAGGGCCUUCCUCCAGGGUCUGGACGGGAACAUCUGGAGCGUGCUCUGGUGGUUCAGGAGUCCGAACGGCGCAAGAAGCUGCGAUUCCACCCUCGCCAGCUGUAUCUCUCCGUCAAGCAAGGGGAGCUCCAGAAAGUGGUGCUAAUGUUGUUGGACAGUUUGGAUCCCAAUUUCCAAAGUGACCAGCAAAGCAAACGCUUCCCGCUGCAUGCUGCAGCACAGAAGGGCUUCAUGGAAAUCUGCCAUGUUUUACUGCAGGCUGGUGCCAAUAUAAACACAGUGGACAAGUUACGUCGGACGCCUCUAAUGGAGGCCGUCGCAAACAACCAUGUGGAGUUAGCACGCUAUUUGGUCAAAAGGGGUGGCUGUGUCUACACCAAGGAGGAUGACGGAUCCACCUGUCUCCAUCACGCUGCCAAGAACGGAAAUGUUGAAAUGGUCAGCUUGCUACUUUCCACCGGACAAGUGGAUGUCAAUGCCCAGGAUAGCGGAGGCUGGACCCCCAUCAUAUGGGCUGCCGAACAUAAGCACAUUGAGGUGAUUCGCAUGCUGCUCACCCGCGGAGCUGAUGUCACCCUGACUGACAACGAAGAGAACAUUUGCCUACACUGGGCCUCCUUCACAGGAAGUGCAGAAAUUGCUGAAGUCCUGCUGAAUGCCCAGUGUGACCUUCACGCUGUCAAUUUUCACGGGGACACACCCCUGCAUAUAGCUGCCCGGGAGAGCUACCAUGACUGUGUUCUUCUGUUCUUGUCGCGGGGCGCUGACACUGAGGUGCGAAACAAGGAAGGGGACUCGCCCGUGGACCUGACCUUGGAAAACUCUGAGGUGUGGUUCGCCCUGCAGCUCAACCGCAAGAUCCGCCAGGGCAUCCUGAACCGCUCCAUGCGCACCGAACGUAUAAUCAGCAGAGACGUGGCCCGUGGUUAUGAGAAUGUGCCCAUCCCCUGUGUCAACUCCGUGGAUGACGAGCCCUGCCCGGAGGAUUACAAAUACAUUUCUGAGAACUGUGAGACGUCCACCAUGAACAUUGACCGCAACAUCACACACCUGCAGCAUUGCACGUGCCAAGAUGACUGUUCCUCCAGCAAUUGUUUGUGUGGGCAGCUCAGCAUCCGCUGCUGGUAUGACAAGGACGGCCGUUUGCUGCAGGAAUUCAACAAAAUUGAGCCGCCCCUGAUCUUUGAAUGCAACCAGGCCUGCACGUGCUGGAGGAACUGCAAGAAUCGUGUGGUGCAGAGUGGCAUCAAGGUCCGUUUACAGCUAUACCGCACUGCCAAAAUGGGAUGGGGUGUCCGAGCAUUGCAGACGAUCCCUCAGGGAACCUUUAUAUGCGAGUAUGUAGGGGAACUGAUUUCCGAUGCAGAAGCUGAUGUAAGGGAAGAUGACUCCUAUUUGUUUGAUCUAGACAAUAAGGAUGGUGAGGUGUACUGCAUAGAUGCCCGUUACUAUGGCAACGUCAGCCGUUUCAUUAAUCACUUGUGUGACCCCAACAUCAUCCCUGUGCGGGUGUUCAUGCUGCAUCAGGACCUGCGUUUCCCCCGCAUUGCUUUUUUCAGCAGCCGAGACAUUCGGACCGGUGAAGAGCUCGGCUUUGACUACGGUGACCGCUUCUGGGACAUCAAGAGCAAAUACUUCACGUGUCAGUGUGGUUCAGAGAAAUGCAAACAUUCAGCCGAGGCCAUUGCUCUGGAGCAAAGCCGCCUGGCCCGUCUCGAGGCCCACCAGGACCUAUUGCCCGAUGGGAGCGGGCUACCUGCCACACAGGCCUAAACCAGGCCCAGCGCCAGCCUUUACUGUUGGGGACUGCCCCACACCUUCUCCCACCAGCUGUGUGCUGGGCUAGGCCAUCUUGGAAGACAGAAGCUUUUUCUCCAUCGGAUUCUCUCAGAAGAAACAGAUUGGGGAAGGGGGAAAGAAGGCAGUGAGAGUGUGUGCUGCUCCAGGGGGUGAAAGCAAGAGAGAAAACUCUCCCUAGAAGGAAACCUUUUCACAGCAGAAAAGAAGCUGGAAAAUUAAUAUUGGAGUUUGGGGUAUUGUUUCCUCCUCUAGAACAGGCCUACCCAACUUGUGAUGUCCCCACCAAGCAAGCCAAACACCUGCCAUGUAGUGUGGCCUGCCCAGGUACUUGAUAUGUGUCGCUGCUUCUAAAACCGCAGGCAGCAAAAACAGAGUGCGUCAAGUCCCUGAUGGCUUAGUGGACUUGUAUAGACCUGCUGCUGUGCAACUCACCAACUCUUUCUGGCAGUCCACUAGGGAAUUGGUAGACUUCCCCUCUUGGAUGCCUGCCUGGGACUAGUAGAAAUGGGGAGGUUGUCAAGCUUCUAGCAGGCCACAAUACGUGUCUGGUGUGCUGCACUUGUGGUGGGUCACUAGUUGUGCAAACCUGAUCUAGAGAGACAGGAGAAUUGAUGGUUAUGUCAGAGACAGUGCUGCCACCUGCAGGUGGAAAAGUGUGUGUGUGUGUGUGUUACUGUGUGUCUGCUUUUGGGGACUUUCUGUUUGUCCCUUCUUGCUGGCUGGAAAAAGCUGUGUGUAUGUGAAUUUUCUUGUUUUGGGCCAAGUGUUGUUUUUUUUAGCAUUUCGUAACGACAGAUUCAAUUUGAAUUGGAGCCAAGACUUGGACACUUUCUUUCUCACUCUGCAAGCCUCCACUUUGGAGACCAUGUUGCUCUUGUUUAAUUCUUAUAGUUGCCUCCCCUUUCAACCCCUGGAACAACGGAAGUCCGAUUCACUAUUGAGGGGCCAGCCUUAUCAUUUUCUGUCUCUCUGGCUUUUAUUUUCCCUAUGGUUUUUUUUUUUUUUUUAACUGUAAUUUUCUGGGGCCAUAAAACCAAUAAAUUUUGGCAUCUGGUUGUUUUGAUACAAACAAAGAAGCAUA